AUGGUUAAAAAAGACCAGGGGUCAGCCGCUUCGAGGUCUCCACAACGAUGGCGAAUCAGUGCCAUUAGCUCGUCGCCUGACAGCCCGCCAAAGGUUAACUUCCUCGAGCUGAUGUUGGGACAGAUCGCCAACUAUUGUCCAAUUAUCUCUCGAAAUACUCUGGUGAAAAACUCUACAUCCCUCGAGUUCAUCUGGCAAACCAUCAGACAGCACUUUGGUUUCCAAGUCACCGGGGCUCAGUUCAUUGACUUUUCCGAAAUACACCUAGCUGCUGAUGAGCGCCCCGAAGAUCUGUACCAGCGCCUCACAGCAUUCGUAGAAGAUUCAUUGCUACGUGCCAACGGCUUAACCCACAAUGGCCAAGCAGUGCAGGAGGAUGAGGAAUUAACCCCUACACUCGAAAACUUUUUGGUCCUCACUUGGUUACGCCUCAUUCACCCCAGUCUCCCACGAAUGGUUAAGCAGCGUUAUGGUACAGAGUUGAGAUCCCGUACUCUUGCCUCGAUCAAACCUGAGAUCUCGCAGGCCCUCAAUUCCUUACUCGAGGAAAUCCACACGUCGGAUGAUGCCAGAAUCCUACGUGCUGCUGUUGCAGACAAUUUUCGUCGCCCUCGUCAGAGUAACAGGGGUGUUCCUAGAGCCCGUCCCAGACAACUCCGCCAAGACAAGGUCUGUCCUCUAUGUAAACAGGCCGGCCGUUCUAUGACAAACCACUUCCUCAGUCAGUGUACCUUCCUCCCCGACAGUGACAGGCGUUUCAUGGUGAAAGCACGACAGAUCGCCGGCAUCCUUGACAAUGACCAAGAAAUUGAGACCAGUCCUGAUUCUGAUUCACCAGACCCUGACACAACAUUGCCAGGCCCGGACAUGGUGGCCUACCGUGUGCAGACCCGCCAGUCCCCUUACAUGGACGUCUUUCAUGAUCAUCGAGUCGUGCGCGUCACCCUCGACAGCGGUGCAACUGGAAAUAUGAUACACCUCGGCUGUCCGAUAAUCUCAAGUGCCCAGUCCGUCCAACAGGCUGAUGGCUCGUCUCAGCUCCAGGUGAUAGGAGAAAUUCGUACCACCUUCACCCGGGACCACACAAACUUCGCGUUUGAAGGUCUCGUAGUUGAGAAUCUUGAUGUUGAGGUACUUGCCGGUACCCCCUUUAUGGAGACGAAUGACAUCGCUGUCCGACCCGCUAAGAGAGAGGUACUACUAGGCAAUGGCUCAGUCUACACGUAUGGGUCCAAAUCCCCACCUAACCCUCAUGCAACCGCACGUAGAGCAUUUGUCCUACGUGCCCCCGCUCCAUCCCAGACAGUGUGGCCUGGAGAGUUCAUGGAAGUACGUCUACCAGACGAUGCACCUUCUGACUCGGAGUACGCACUAGAGCCUCGCAUCGACGCACCCAGUGCACACAAUCUGAAGCCAUCCCAGUUGUGGCCACAACCUGGUGUCGUUUCCAGCGUUGCCCGAGCCAUACGGAUUCCUAACCUAUCAAGCGUACCCCGCACUCUCAAGCGCCACGAACACUUCUGCCAAGUCAUCCCUGUUUUUGAGCCCCGAAGAUGUGGGUAUCACCAUUGA